CCUAGAUUGAUAGAAACGGUAGAAAAUAAACAAAAACGAGGGAAGAUUGGUAAAAAUAACAGCAACAAGAUAGACGGGAGUUCAAAUUGCUUUUUUUCUACUCGCCUUCCCUGAGUCUGCUGCGUAACGACGCUUGGGGGACAUGUGAUGGGAUCCAUUACUGACCUGCGCAGCAUGAAAGCUUUGUUCCGCCGUUGUCUGCGUGCUUGGAAAGGUCAAUGGAACUGCAAGCUGACGCAUGGAAUAUGUCUGAUGAGAAGAAUUUAAUAUCGAUCACACCAAAUACACAUUACUGUAAUAAGACUCUCGCGCAAGAAUUCCUGGGGAAAGAAAUCCACAUUCUCCAGCGAGCUCUUAUCACCUUGAAAUAGUUAUGCCAUGAGAGCCCGUAUCGUUUGAUCUCCAUUAGAGGUGUACAUUGUAAUAAAAUGGUCGGUCCGAUGACUAUCUUUCGGUGAAAAGCGAGAAACAAAAAUUUGGCCCAACGUUUUGACAGUAACUUUGAUAAGAAAGUGGUCGCCCUGUGCGCGGACGAGACAUGGUGAAAUCGCGCAUUUUCGGCAGAAUUUGAUUUCCGUUCCGUAGUAUCGCCGGUUUCGACGCAGUAUCGUAUUUUUGCUGCGGAAUUGAAGGUAAAAUGGUCGAAAAACAGGUGAAUUGCUAGUGGGCAGAACCCAGACACGAAGUUCAAACGUUGAAGGAUGUGCUGGUAGUGACAAAGUGGCUAAGAAAUCGUUGAAGAAGGUAAAGUCCCCAGCAUCAGCAGUGGACAAUGGAGCUACAGAAUCAGAUAUAUGUGAUGAUUGCCGUGUUUGGAGGGAUGACCGCGUUACUGCUGGUGCUGACAGUAAUGCUCGCUGUGUAUGUGAAGAAAACUCGAACACUGCUGGAAGACUACAAGAUGACCGACGGAACGCAUCCGAACGGGAUGAAUGACGGCGAUAGACGCGAUCGAAGGCGGAUGGAUUACGCCACAUCAGCCCAACAUCAAGGCUACCCGAUGGAUGUGUUUGGCCAAGGAAUGGGACCCAAAGCCGAUCAAACGAAAGCCCGCAACGAUUACAUGCACAACGGGCGAAACAUUAACGGAAAUCGACAUCACGCGUCCGGACCCUACCGGAACGAUGUGGAGGUCGGGAUGGGGUAUAUGGGUGGGAAGCGGGGUGGAGAAAAACCGAUGAAGCCCACUCCAUCCCACAAACCACCCCGUAGUCAGGCGAGCGUAGAAGACUCGGCCCUGGAGCUGGAGGUGGCCAACAUCUUCGACAUGGAUGAGCUGGACGAGGAGGAUCUGUCAGAUUUUAACAGUGGACCCAGCGGUCACGGUGACGGCAAGGACCCGCGUUACUUGGCGAACGGUGCAGACGGUCCGGCGGGUCGUUCGAAACGGCCACAGACGAACGGACAUCAGUACGAGCGGGAAAUGGGCCGGAACGGACCUAGCGAAGGUCGUGGCAAUCGGUUCCAAAACCCUCACGCGGCCAUGAAGUCGAAGGGUGGUGGUAAUGGGCGAGGGUUCGCAGGGGAUGAUGGUACGGGCGGGAAGCAGAACCAGGGCUACUUUGACGAUAGGGGCAGCAUGUACUGAUAAGCGGACGGUGUGAUAGGGGUUUUUUUUAUAUGUAAGCAGGAAGUCACCCUGUUCCUCCUAGCUACAUCCUUGACUUUCUCCAGAGAAGCAUUAAAAGGAAAGAACAAAUUGUUGUGAUUUUA